GAACACUCACCGCUGUACCGCCAUAUUUCGCUUUACCUAGGCCCUAUAUACGACAGCGCACGGCUUGGUCCCACGAAUCUGUGACCUGCUGCCAGCUGAACGUUUCCGACUCGAAGAAUCAAGAUAACUUCACUUGGUUCUGACUUCUGAAUCGCAUAUAAAACACUCUGGUCUUGCUGUUCGAGUCAUCAUCAAAGUCAGAUGUCUCUGUCUCCCCCUAUCCGAAGACUUUCUACGACAAGCUCGAGCAGUAAGCGGGAAGAGGACUUGAUCAAUGCGUAUGAGGCUGAGGAGGAACGUAUAAUCAAUGUCUUGUCGAGGAAACUCGAGAAGCUGCAAGAGGAGAAGAUAGAGCUCGAGAAUGUCCUUGAAGCUGAAUCCGAAUCGCACGUCAACCGUCUCUCGCGAGAACUUUCCGCUCUACGACUCGCACAACAGCUUGCUCAAGCACAAUCUCAGAACCAGGCUCAAUCGCAAUCUCAAUAUUCUAACCAUGCCAAUGGUGAUCACAAUGCGAUAUCUACAGUGGGAGGAGGCGGUGGUGGAAACGGAGAUUUCGGGAGAAGGGUGAAUGGGAUGAUGGUUAAUCCGUUGGCGCCCAGCUCGGAGUUGAUGUUGGAGGCUAUGAGGAAGGAGAAUGAGCAGUUAAGGAAUAGGAUAGUGGAUAUGGAGAGGGAGUAUAUUCGGAUAACGAGGUUGAACGAGAUUUAUAGGGAGGAAUUGAUUGAUCAUCGGCGGAGGCUCGGUGUUCCUGUCGACAAUCUCAUAGGUCUAUCUCCUUCACAUGACCCCUACUCUCAACCAACACACCGCCGCUCAACAUCCGCCUCUAACAACAUCUCUUCACCCCUCCCCAUUCCAUCCGCCUCCUCUAACGGCCACCCUUCAAACCACCAUCCAUCAGCGCCAAUGGGUGUCCCUAUCCCCCGACCGCCCUCCCAAAUCCACCGUCCCUCCGCCUCAAUGUCCAUGUCUCUCUCCCUCUCCUCCUCCAUCUCUCCCUCCUCACCCAACACCCCCCUCUCCCACUCUCCUUCCUCCCCCUCAUCCUCCCAAUCUCAAUCACCCUACCUCUCCCCCACAACCUCCACCAACCCCGCUUCCUACCUCUCUCACACCUCAAACCUCUCCGCAGCGAACACGCAUCUCACGACACCUUCGAGCUCGAGCUUUACGGCGCAACUGUUCAUGCCGAACACGGUUUAUGGGUAUGGAGCGACGCCGAGCGGAGGGACACAUAUGGGCAGGUUAGGGGGCCUGAGCUAUCCCAGUGUUCCGCCACCGAGUUUGAGUAGUUCGUUCGGAGGCGGGUCCGCGAACGGGAGUGGGAGCGGUGGUGGGACGAGUCCGUCAGUUGCGUGGCACGGGCCUGGGUAUAUCAACGGGACUGGUGCGGGCGCUUCUACUUCUAGUGCCACUUCUACGACUGUAGGGGUUGGGAGGGAGAGGAGCGAUAGUCAUACGUUCAAUCAUCAGAGGGAUAUGUCGUCUUCGCCUGUUGAGGCUCAUACAUCGCGGUGGGGGAGGGGAUUGGCACACGGAGCAGGGGUAGGUGCUGGAGUGGCGAGAAGAGGAUCGUUUGAGAGGAGAGUACCAUCGGGUGGAGAGCCGUAUGGGACUGGAUUUACGGGAGGGAGUUUGAGCAGACCGGGGAGUCGGUCGAGGAGGGAAAGUGUGGAGAGAGGGGCUAGGAUCGCGGAGACGGGGCAGUUGGUGCCGAGGAGUAGAGGGAAUAGUAUGGGUGCCGGGAGUGGUAAUGGGGCAGGUGGUCUUGUGAGUGUAGGCGUAGGCGGUGUAGAGGAAGCGGUGGUCGAGGAAGAGGCAGCAGAUGGUGCUGGCCAGGAUGGAUAGCGUUUUUAGCAGGCUUGUGGGUGGGGACGACCGAAGUGGAAGACUAUAUGGGCCACUUGGGUGGAGACCAAGGCCUUGACAAGGACAGCCAUAUUUGCCUCUUGAAGUGAUGUACGAUAUCUUCUUUUCAACCUUUUCUUGUAUUGAUUUCUUCCCCUCAACCACUCAAACAUCCAAACGUCUUUUUACGCUACUCUUCUCCGCCCUUGGCCGCAUAAUCCAACUCGCACUAUGUCCAGAGUAAUCUGCGCCUUGCUGUGUUCCACGCUUUGUAAGUUACUCGUCGUAUGUAUGUUUAUAGCAAUUGUUGCAUC